GUAAACUUGCAUAGGCGACUUGAUUAUAGGUAUUUUCCUUGUUUAAUUUAUUCCUAACGAACUUAACAUGUAGCUUUUAAAAAUAAAAAUGUGAGCAACUUGUUGAUAAUGGUUUAUUACAAUAAUAUUACUACUGAAACACCUCUGACAACCACUGAAAGGGUAAGAACAACUGAAAAACCCUUUUUGAAGGAUGAUAUUAAGUUUUUAUUUGUUCCUAUUGCUGUAAUUUUGGUUGUGAGCAUAUUAUCUAUUCUGGUUUAUUUUAUGCUUAAAAGAAGAAGAAUGAUUGACUUAAGACACAAGCUUUUAACUUUAUACGACUAUAACUCUGAUGAAGGGGAGGAAGAAGGAGAACCACUUAAUAGUUAUGAGAAUUCAAACUAUCAGGCCACAUUGGAUUAUACAUCAUCAUUUUUUUAAUUAAAAAAAUUGUAUAUACUUAAAUUU